AUGAAUAAAGAAUUAUUAAUCUAUAUUGGAUCUCAGUUAUCACAUGUACGCAUAUAUCCAUUAUUUGAUAUGUGUCAUUAUUUAUUAACUGCUUUACAAGUACGAGAUGAUAUACAACAAUAUCAAACAGCCACACAAAAUUUUACACGUCGUCAUCCAUUAUCAUGUUGGAUAUCAACAAUGUUACUCUGUUUUUCCGGUUCCAUUAUAACGAAUUUAUUACUUGGUGAAAGUCCAUUAAAAGAUUUUAUUCACCAUCAACAUCUUCUAUUAGCUACAGUCUGCUGGUAUUCUGUAUUUUACUUCCCAUUUGAUUUUAUUAAUUAUCUAUUACGAUUUAUACCUAUUCGUCUUGUUAUGGGUGUUGGAAAAGAAAUUCAACGAACAAAAAAAAUUUAUGAUGGUGUUCGUUUAACUUUAAUUUUAUAUCCUGAUAGUUAUAUUAUUGUUGUACUCAUUGGAGCUAUUAGAGUCGAUGCCGCCAAUUUAGUAUGGGUGUUAAUUUCAACCAUGCUUGUUUGGAUCAUGAUAUCUGGUACCGGUCUGUAUUAUUCGGGCAUGACAAAUCGUAAGAGUGCUCUUUCUCUCUUAUGGUUAAGUCUAAUGUCUGUUGCUGUUACUUCAAUUCAGUGGUUUCUAUUUGGUUAUUCAUUGAGUUUCAGUCGAUCAGGAUCACUAUUCAUUGGUGACUUGGCUCAUAUUGCUAUGAAAAAUAUUCUAAACGAACCAGCGAGUGGUACAAUAACGAUAACAGCUAUUGCUUUUUGUUUAUUUCAACUUAUGUUUGCUGCGGCAGCAACAACAAUUGUGAUUGGUGCAGUAUCUGAUCGUAGUCGUAUGUGGCCAACAAUUACUUUUGCUUUCAUUUGGUGUACACUUUUCUAUAACUUUAUAUCAUAUUGGAUUUGGUCACCUAAUGGUUGGGCUCAUGUACUUGGUUCAUUAGAUCAUGCUGGUGGUGUACCAAUUCAUAUAUCAGCUGGCACAUCAGCUCUUGCCUAUAGUCUUGUAUUUGGUACACGUCAAACACUUACGAAUGCGCAACAAAAUAAACCACAUAAUAUAAAUAAUUUAUUUAUUGGUACGCUAUUGACCUGGUUUGGUUUUAAGGGGAGUAGUGGAUUAGUUAUUAGUAGCCGCACAGUAAUGGUUUGUAUUGUAACCAAUCUAGCAGCAUGUACUGGGGAUAUAACUUGGUCUAUGCUUGAUUAUUAUCUUUCACAUCCAAAAUAUAAAUUUUCUCUUGUCGGAUUUUGUUUUGGCACCAUGGCUGAACUUGUUUGUAGUACACCUGGAUCAGGAUUUAUUAGUAUACGUGUAUCUGUCUUGUUUGGUAUUUGUGGUAGUAUAUGUGUCUAUUUUGGACGAAAGGUUAAAAAAAUUUUUCAAAUCGAUGAUGCAUUUGAUAUUUUUGCACAACAUGGAAUUGAAGGUUUUACUGGCUGUAUAUUUACAGGUAUAUUUGCACAAAAAUCUAUUCCAGAACUUGAUCUAGUUAGUAUUCGUGGUGGAUGGUUAGAUGGUUAUUGGAUGCAAGUUAUUUAUCAACUAGCUUUUGCGUCGGCUGGUUUUGUUUGGAGUUUUGUUGUUACUUUAAUUAUUUUAUUGGUUAUGAAUAAUAUUCCUGGUUUAUCAUUGCGUACAGCACUAAAAGAUGAAAUAGAAGGAAUUAAUUAUGAUCAAUUCAAUGAAUAUACGCACGAUUAUAUUGAAUUACAACGAGAUCUUAAUCCGAGAUUGUAUUCAAAACGAUCACCGGCCAACAGACUAGUGAUAGAAAAAAGAACUGACCUUAUGCAUGUAACACAACAACAACAUGAUACCAGACUUGGAAAACUUAAACCUAUUUCUGUGAUCACUAAUGCAUGGUGA